AUAUGAUUCUUUCUAAUAAGUAUUAAUUUUCUAAGAGUUUUAAAUAUUAAAACAAUGGAAGAAAAUGUUUUGAUACUGUGUGUGCUAUGUAAAAGACCAAUAGAUAAUUGUUGUAAAAGUCAACUGUGGGAAAACGAUGCUUACAAAAUUUGCAAGGCUUGCGCAGAUUCAUCGUGUGGUAUUUCCUACAAUGAGGGCGUUAUAUUAAUUGAAAAAGCUUUCCAAAAUUUUACACAAAAAUCAAUAGAAGAAGUUAUAUCUUUAUCAUUGUUGAUGUCUAUUUAUUCUGGUCAACUCUAUAGUUACAGACACAAUAUAUAUAAAGCUAGUGGAAAAGAAAAAAGAAACCUUAAAGACGAAGACCUAAUGUAUCUUUUACCGGAAGAUAAAAAAAAUUAUUUUUUUUGUGCUCUUUCAAAAUCAUUUAAUAAUCAUACGUCUAAUGAUUAUACUUUUAAAGUAUUGCUUCCUGAAGCAAUACUGUAUCUUUUUGCAAAGGUGCAAAGAAUUUCAAGAAUCAAAGCUGAAGUAUUGUUAAGUUCAUAUUCUUUGCAAAGGAAUAAUGAACUGUUAAAUAAAAUCUCAGAUGAAGAUAAUGAUUUUAUUUUGGAAACAAAUAUUACAUUGGAAAAAGAAAAGGUUUCUAAUGAUUUGGUUGAGAGUUCACUCAAUAGUGUUAAUGUUGAAACAGAAAGUAUAACAAAUCAACCAGCAAUUGGAAUUGACAAGGGUACUGUUAUUGAUACAACCAAGACUUGUUCUUCAGUUGUGCCUUUGUUUAAAAAAGUUGUAAAGUCGAGGAAUAAAGUAAAGUGCCCUGUUUGUGGAAAAUUUAUAUUCAACUUAAAACGACACUUAAUAACCAAACACAAAUAGGAUGAAGUUAAGGCAAAAUCUGCUCGCCUUAAUUUUGGGCUUAACGCAAAAAGGAAAGUUUUAACCACUACCAAAAGAAAAGCAAAGAGCAAAAUUUAUAAAAGAAAAAUUUGUCCUAUGCUCCAUUGCACAAAAGAGUUACUUAGACUCGGAAAUCAUCUGAGACAGUUCCACAAAUUGUCUAAUUUUGAGACAAAAAAAUAUUUAUCUAAAAGUGUAAGUGUUCUUGAAAAUUUUGAAAGCGAAUCUGAUGAGAAAUCAA